GGACGUGUUUUUUGAAAUGUGUUUGAUAUCUUUAUUUUUAAGCAAAUUGAAGUGGUUUGCUGUGGUUCAUUGUAGCAUUUCUUUUCACAUAAGUCGAACAUUGUGUAUUUGAGUGGAAGCCACCGUCGUUCUGCUGUUUCUCCGACUCUCAGGAUCCGUUCACAUGAAUGGUUUGUUUGUUCCACCCAGAGUAAGUGUUGGAGAUCUCACUCUUUUGUCUGUUCAGUUCCAUCAUGGAUGACACACAAACACCCCGAGAUGAAGAUUCUUCUCCAGGAUGCAGUUUAGUUGAUCAGAAGAGAUCAGAACCAGAGCCCAGCUGUGUGUCUGUGAGAAGUGACCAUUCUUUGCAUCGUCCGCUUAAUUUUAAGAGUUAUGGCAAAAGGUUUAACCUAUAUUCAGUCAAAAGAUCAGAACCAGAGCCCAGCUGUGUGUCUGUGAGGAGUGACCAUUCUUUGCGCCGUCCACUUAAUUCUAAAAGUGAUGGCAGAAGGUUUAACCUCAAUCAUGAAGUCCUCAACAUGUUCAGAUCAAACCUGAUGAAGAAGUUUGAGCGUCUGUAUGAGGGAACAGCGACGCAGGGAAACCCAACACUCCUGAAUGAGAUCUACACAGAGCUCUACAUCACAGAGAGUGAGAGUGGAGAGAUCAGUAAUGAGCAUGAGGUGAGACAGAUUGAGACACAAUCCAGGAGAACAGCAACAGAGGACACAGCCAUCAAAUGCAAUGACAUCUUUAGACCUUUACCUGGACAAGACAAAGCCAUCAGAACUGUGCUGACAAAGGGAGUCGCUGGCAUUGGAAAAACAGUCUCUGUGCAGAAGUUCAUCCUGGACUGGGCUGAAGGGAAAGAGAAUCAGGACGUCCAGCUCAUAUUUCCACUUCCUUUCAGAGAAAUUAACUUGACGAAGGACAAAAAACUAAGUCUUUCAGAUCUUCUUCAUGUCUUUUUCCCUGAAACUAAAGAAAUGGAAAUAUCCAGUGAUGAAUAUAAAGUGUUGUUCAUCUUUGAUGGUCUGGAUGAGUGUCGUCUGUCUCUGGACUUUAAGAGCAAUGUGAGGUUGUGUGAUGUAAAUGAAUCAGCCUCAGUGGACGUGCUGCUGAUGAACCUCAUUGUGGGGAAUCUGCUUCCCUCUGCUCUCAUCUGGAUCACCUCCAGACCAGCAGCAGCUGAUCUCGUCCCCUCUGAGUGUGUCCAUCGAGUGACAGAGGUACGAGGCUUCAAUGAGCCACAGAAGGAGGAAUACUUCAGGAAGAGAAUCAGUGAUCAGAGUCUGGCCGACAGGAUCAUCUCACACCUGAAGUCGUCAAGGAGCCUCUACAUCAUGUGCCACAUCCCAGUGUUCUGCUGGAUCUCAGCCGCUGUUCUAGAGAAGAUGUUGAGUCGAGCAGAGAGUGGAGAGAUUCCCAAGACUCUCACUCAAAUGUACACACACUUCCUGAUCCUUCAGACAAACAUCAAACGUGAGAAGGACUAUGAGAAGAAGGUGACAGAUGAAGACAUGAUCCUCAAACUGGGGAAAGUGGCUUUUCAGCAGCUUGUGAAAGGCAACCUGAUCUUCUAUGAGGAAGACCUGAGAGAGUGUGGCAUUGAUGUGACAGAAGCAUCAGUGUACUCAGGAUUGUGCACUCAGAUCUUCAGAGAGGAGUUUGGCUUGUAUCAGGGGAAAGUCUUCUGCUUUGUUCAUCUGAGCAUUCAGGAACAUCUAGCAGCUCUAUAUGUGCACCUCUCCUGGACAAACCACAACAGAAAUGUGUUUGACCAAAUCAUCAAACAGAGUUUACGGUCUAAGGAAGAGUUUCAGCUUGGUUCAUCAGAACAUGUUUCAUUAUCUGAUCUGCAUCAGAGAGCUGUGGAUGAGGCUCUACAGAGUAAAAAUGGACAUCUGGAUCUUUUCCUGAGGUUCUUUCUGGGUUUGUCAGUGGAGUCUCAUCAGAUUCUCCUACAACGAAUAAUGACACUGAAAAGAAGCAGAUCUGACAGCAAUGAGAAAACAGUCGAGUACAUCAAGAAGAAGAUCAGGACCAUUGACUCUCCAGAGAAAUCCAUCAAUCUCUUCCACUGUCUGAAUGAACUGGGUGAUCGUUCAAUAGUGGAGGAAAUACAACAGUAUCUGAAAUCUGGAAAUUUAAGUGAAGUCAAACUCUCUUCAUCUCAGUGGUCAGCUGUAGUUUUUGUGUUGUUGACAUCAGAAGAGGAGCUGAAUGAGUUUCGUCUUGAUAAAUUUGUUAAAGAAAAGAAUAAUCUUGAAAAUAACAAAGUUCUUCAGAAGUUGCUUCCUGUGAUUAAAGAAUCCAGAUCAGUUCAGUUGUUUAAUUGUGGUGUCACAGAUGAAGGUUUUGCUGCUCUGGUUUCAGCUCUGAGAUCAAACCCCUCACACCUGAGAGAACUGAAUCUGUCGUGGAAUAAACUAGGAGAUUCAGUGAAGCUGCUUUCUGAUGUACUACAGAAUCCUCACUGUAAACUGGAGAAACUGCGGUUGAGUUAUUGUGGCGUCACAGAUGAAGGUUGUGCUGCUCUGGCUUCAGCUCUGAGAUCAAACCCCUCACACCUGAGACAACUGAGCCUGUCGUGGAAUGAACUAGGAGAUUCAGUGAAGCUGCUUUCUGAUGUACUACAGAAUCCUCACUGUAAACUGGAGAAACUGGGGUUGAUUGAUUGUGGCGUCACAGAUGAAGGUUUUGCUGCUCUGGUUUCAGCUCUGAGAUCAAACCCCUCACACCUGAGACAACUGAAUCUGUCUGUGAAUAAACUAGGAGAUUCAGUGAAGCUGCUUUCUGAUGUACUACAGAAUCCUCACUGUAAACUGGAGAAACUGUGGUUGAGUGAUUGUAGUGUCACAGGUAAAGGUUGUGCUGCUCUGGCUUCAGCUCUGAGAUCAAACCCCUCACACCUGAGACGACUGGGUCUGUUUGGGAAUAAACUAGUAUAUUUUAGUAGGAAGUUACUCUCUGAUCUGAAGAAUGAUCCACAUUAUAAACUGGAGACGUCAUACUAGUGAAUCUCAGUAUUUAGACGUCAUUCCAGUUUCCUCAGGACCAGGAUUUCUCAGGAUGUUCCCAAUGCUCAAUAACCAAUUAUUGACUUAACUCACAAAAUUAGAAUGUUAAAUUAGAUUUUAAAUUAAAUUGAAAUGGAUAAGUUUAUGUGACCAAAACAUUUGUAUUUGUGCAGAUUUUGAGAACUUUUUCACUAGUGUGUGUAGCUUAAUGUAAAACGUUGUCAUGAAUUUGCUGUACUCCCAUUUGUAAAAGACAAAUUCAUUGUUUUAUACAGAUAACAGAAAAUAGGUUUAGGUUUAGAAUGACAGAAAGACUUGUCUGAUGCAGUCUAGAGAUGACAGACUGAAGAUGUGUGAUAUAAUAUCACAUCCUUUUAUUGCCAAACUUUAUAGAGACUAUGAAGAGUCAGUACCCAUACAAAACUCACAUAAGCACUGGCAGUUUAAUAUUUACUUAAUACGUACUUAAAUGUAUAAUUACACUGUAACAGAGACAAAUUAAAAUAAAGUGUAACCAAGUUGUUAUUUAAAAAAAAAAAAAUCUUGUCUAAAGGUUCAAUAAACUAUUUCAUUUA